AUGGCUUAUUUGGGGCCAAUCUCUUGGGGAGUCUUGGCCACAAUAGACAGCGCAUGGAGACCAUACUGGAGCUCGUCAGCUAGGGCAUCGUACACCAUGCGGUGUCGUUUCACCAGGCUCUGCCCCUCAAAUUUUGGGGACACGACCUUGAGGUUGAAGUGCGUUUCGCCGUCCAUGGGGCUGAAGUUCUCGGGUUCGGGUUGGUCGGUCGGCUUCGGAUUCGCCCGAUUCGGAGAAAGCUUCGGACUUUCAGUAAUUGGGUUUGUGGGUUUGGGUUCAGGGGAAGGGAGGCGACUGCGUUGGGGUUUUGGGGUUAAAGGGCGAGUGGGUUCGAUUGGUUCGAUUGGUUUGUUGGGGUUGGGUUUAGGGUCUGGGAGAGAAGGUGUGGGAGUGAAAGGUCGGCCAUUGAAGGCCGAGAUGACCUUGAGAGAGAGAUCAAUGGUGGGAACAAUUACGAUGAUGAAGAUGAUGAUGACAAUGAUGAGUUUACACCAGAUGAAGAUGAUUUUUCAGAGGUGGAAGAAAUUGGGAGGAAGGGGGAAGAAAUCGGGAGAGAGAAUCUGGAGUAAAGAAUCAAAGAGGAUUCUGGGAGGAUCCAUGAUCACGGCCGUCGCCCUUUGGGUUGUUGACGAAAGCUAUGAGGAAGAGAGAGAGAGAGUGUUCUGGGUUUGA